CUCCGACGAAAAAAAAACAUUUCGUCACCAUUAAUUAUUGGCCCAAAACUUAAUUAUUUCUCCACCUUAUAUCUCCAAUUUAAUUAAGACCCCAACUAAAAGAAGACCUUAACUUUAAAUAGAUCAUCCAAUUAAUCUAUUAAGCUCAAUUUCCUUAAAUAAAGCAAAGGCACAAUUUUUAAAUGAAUCAAAAGAGGUCCAACACUCCACCAUCUCCACACCUCUCUCUCUAUCUCUCUCUCUUCUAUCUCCGUCAGAAUCGAAGAGGCUCUCAACACCACCGAUAACCCAAUCACCGUCACCUACGGCGGCGAAUCAUACCCGAUCGCCGCCCGCGCCGUCGCGUUGACUGCUGUUCGCCGCUGACGUUGCUCGACAUCGCCGCUGAUGUCACGACGCUGUCGGUGCAGCCACCGAUUUACCGGAAGAGCUGCUGCUGUUGGGGCGCGUACACGCCGUCGCGCCGCUGAACCCCGCUACUGUCGCUGCCGGGUCAGGCCCGAUUAACUCCGAUUUCGCCCCGAUUUACCCCGAAACGUCUCGGAACUAACCCGUUCAGCCCCGAAAGACUCCGACCCCACGAAAAGGUUACAGUUACAUUAGCUGAACUUCUGAUGGAGCAAUUGAAAACCCAAAGGAAAUUGGAAAAUCAUCCUAAGAACCAGCAACCAUUUCAUACCCAAUCUAUGGAUGACCUUAUUUCAUUUCUCGAUGGCCCACAUUUGGACGAUGGUGAAUCUUUUGUUUGUGCUGUAGUAAACAACAUUGACGGGCCUGCUUUGCGUGAUUCAGAGUCUCAACAAUAUCUCGCCAGACUAGCAGCUUCCACUGAUCAUGUGAAUGCACCUUUAUUAUGGAACAAGAAAAUGGUACACAAGGAAUGCAAAUGGUAUGGGUACCUUGUUCCUACCUAUGCACCAUACAAGGUGGAAGGAAUAUUCUUUUCUCUAAUCCUGGCUCACAGUGGCAGUGCACAAACUGUGAAGACAGCUUCAAUAGUUUUACAGAGUAUCACACCAAAUGCUCAAAAUGUGUUCAAAGUUGUUGCUGACCAUCAGCUAGCUAAUCCUGAUGGAGAAGGAAUGCCAUUGAACAAUUUAUACACAGUAUGUCGAGAGCGUUUUCUAGUGAGUAGCCAAAUUACUCUAAAUGCUCAUCUCACAGAAUUCAAGGAUCAUGAAUUGGUGAAGACGAGAAGAAACUCAGAUGGCGAAGACUGCUUGUAUAUUCCUGUUUCGAGCGACGCCCUUCAGAAGCUUAUACAUGAGAUCAGCCAAUAG